UUUAUUUAUACCUCAAACCAAGAUUCAAGCAAGUAAAAGAAUCUAUCCAAGCAAAUGAAUCUUUAUUUUUUAUUGUCGGCACAAUGAAAGUUAUUGAUAAUGAUUUUUAUGUCUAUGCUAAAGAUAUUAAUAAUAUCCAUAUUCCCGCUAAAAAUAUCAUCAAUGACAAAAACCAAACACCAUCAACAUCGAUAAAAUCAACUCGAUCAAAGCUUUUAUUUGCCCACCAAAAUAUUAAAAAUACAGAAACCAGCUCUAAUGCUAAAUUAGUAUCUGAUAAUAUUGAAAAUAAAUAUCAACAUGAAAUAUCAGCAAAUGACUCACAUUUACAGAAACAUAAAAGAACCAACGAUACUGAUGAACCUACAAAUGAUCCUCCAGGAGAAAAUAAUAAAGAAAAAAAAACCAGAAAACAGCAUUAA